AAAUCUGUAGUGUAUUUACAUUGAGAUAUAGAGACGCGCCUGCGUCUUAAUGGUCAAUUGAUACAUAAGUUGGACUUGCUACUCACUCUUUAGUAGUGAACUCUUUCCCUGAAGCUUCAAUUUAUUUUACCCCGCGUUGAAACAAAUUUUAGAUUCUCACGAUGGCUUCAAAAACGUCAUAUAUCCCGCGAUAUCUGUUGCCUCAAUACGGCGCAUUAUGGCGGACCGCCGCACGUUCUAAUGCUUUUACAAGACCCCUGAACGCAGAACUUGGGCAGGUAUUAGUGCGCUACGCAUCUAAGACGGCCGCACCAAAAGGAGCUCCCAAAGCUAUCUCCUCCAAACCGAGCGCUGCCAAAGCCGCAAAGAAUUCCGCGCCGACAAAACAGCCCCCAAGAACCCCACCUACCAAGAUUCAACCAGUAACUCCCAAGACACCCACAUCUAAAGCGGCACCUACCUCGGAGCCGACUCCGGUAGCUUCCGCACCUAAACCGGUCUCAAAACUCGCACCCGCCCGGGAGAUCCCCGUUCCCACGAAGCAGCCGGUCAUAACUUCAAAGCCCGUAGAUCCCUCAAAGCCCAUCGUACUCGAGAAACCCGAAAAGUUUAAUCCCCCGUCCCACGGAACACGGCUCCCGCGUUCAAUGCCGAAGCAUUAUGGCGGGGGAUUGUCCGAAGCAGAGUUCCAAGCUCAAACUGCGAAGACAUAUCCAGGUCUACCACCACCGCCGAAUACAUGGUCGCAUUGGUUCCUGAAUAGUCGGGGUAUCCAUCUAUUCAUCACCCUGGGCACACUAACCUCUCUCGCUGUAUACACCUUCAUGGCGAACUUCAACGCCAAGUCACCGUUCGCCGACCUGAUCCCGCCAAUCUCUGAGUUCCCGCGGCAUCCAUUCCAGUACAUAGGAGUGGUUAUCGACGUCAUGCGCAUGCACGAGGAGCACGAGGCCGCCACGACAACCGAGAAGCGGAGGAUGCGGGUCGACGACGUGGCCAAGCGGGCCGAGUACCGCAAAGCGCACGGCAUGGAGGUGACGCAGGGGUUCUUCAGCAAUGACAAACCAGCCCCUGAGCCGGAGCCGGUCCCAGUCGUCGAACCGGAAGCCGCUCCGACUGCCGAGUCCUCACCGGAUGGGAAGCGCAAGAAGUGGCUCGGGAUAUUCUAAAAUAGUACGCAACAUACGAGGUAGUGCGAAAGAAAAAGAAAGGAUAAUAGAAAGGAAGCAAUCGCCGCUACUCAAUUAGCGUACGGUCUCCC